CUGUCCUCUACUUGACUCCUACACCACACACAUACUCACACGUACCUUUCCCCGUCGCGCCCGCGCAUCUCUUGCCUACACACCACGCCGCAUAGCAUAUCGACGUUUGGCGCAUCGUCUCUAAUCUACCUCCAAACACGCAAGCCAAGUUUCCCGCAGCUCAGCAAAAGCCUCCCCCAGCGGGUUUCAUCGCCGCCUGCCCACGAUCCUCCCCUCGCAACUCUCGUAUAAAUUCUCAACGACAUCAUGGCUGGCACACGAAACUACGAUUUUCUUAUCAAACUCCUCCUCAUCGGUGACUCCGGUGUAGGCAAGUCCUGCUGCUUGCUCCGGUUCAGCGAAGACUCCUUCACCCCAUCCUUCAUCACCACGAUCGGCAUCGACUUCAAGAUCCGAACGAUCGAGCUCGACGGAAAGCGAGUGAAGUUGCAGAUAUGGGAUACCGCAGGACAGGAGCGCUUCCGAACCAUCACAACGGCAUACUACCGCGGUGCUAUGGGCAUUUUGCUGGUGUACGAUGUCACGGAUGAGCGGUCGUUCAACAAUAUCCGUACUUGGUUUUCGAACGUCGAGCAGCAUGCCACAGAAGGCGUCAACAAGAUCCUUAUCGGCAACAAGUGCGACUGGGAGGAGAAGCGUGCAGUAUCCACCGAGCGCGGCCAAGCCCUUGCAGACGAACUCGGCAUUCCUUUCCUAGAAGUCUCCGCCAAGAGCAACAUCAACGUGGACAAGGCCUUUUACAGCCUGGCAGCCGACAUCAAGAAGAGGCUUAUUGAUAGUGCAAGAACGGAGGGCUCAUCAACGAGCGCGGUGAACGUUGGAGACGGCAAUCAAAACGCAGCAUCGGGCGGAAAGUGCUGCUAGUGGAAUAC